UCGUAACCUAGCAACACAGGGGCCGCCGACUUGAUUAACUGUGGGCAAAGAAACUUGCGUUUUGAGACGCAGGACUACUGGAGACUGUGAACUCCAGGAGAGCCUUGAGUUGGCUGCCACCUGAGGGCCAGGUUCUACAGAGGCAAAGGCUCCAGAGAUGACCUUGGACCUCUUAAGCAUACCCCCUUCCUACCCCAGACUGGCCAUCCAGAGAAUCCCACUGAGGACCGGUAUAGUCCCGGCCGAGCCGAUGAAGACCUUAGCUCCAUCCAAAUCCAAGCUGAACACGAUUGAGGCCAAAAGGAUCAUGUCAGUCCUGGACGAGGCCAUAUACAAGGUAGAGCUGAUAACCCUGAUGUCCUACAUGGAGUCCCACCCAGAGGUUCUGGAGGACAUGCUGCCCAAGGACUUUGCGAGAGCCAUAAGAGAGCAUUUGGACAUUGGCCAAACCCUGGUGGAGCGGGCCAGCAUCCUGCAGAGGAAACAGAAACACCUGGAAGAAGAGGAAGAGCCCGAGGAAGCCUGGAGCCGGGAGCGCCUCAUGUCCAUAGAGCUACACAAGACCAGCCUGUGGCCACUGACACACCAGUUCCGAGACUCCACCAAGACUGUCCUGAGGCUCCUGCUCAGCGAGCCCCAGCUCACCAGGCAGCUACAGACACAGGCACCGGGCAGGAGCCCAGGGGCCCAGUGCCUCCUCGACGGCCUGGUGGAGCUCCGAGGUUUCCUCUUCGAGAAGCUCCUCACCAGCCCCAUGGAAGUAAGGGAGAAGAACCAGUUCAUACAGGACAUCAGCCGGAGGAGCGAGAGGAACCAGGAGGUCAUCGAUGGCCUCCAGGCGGAGCUGGCCGACGUGCUGAAGAACAAGGAGUCAGAGGUGGAGAAGGAGAACUAUGUGAUCCAGGAACUAAAGAACCAUCUGCACCAGGUGUUCAAGUUUUCGGAGAACAGCCUCCUCCGCACGAAGCAGGAGGCGGAGAAGCAGCAGAAGGUGGAUUACCGGGCCUCCCAGGCCAGGCUGGCCAAGACGCAGCAAGACAUCCUGGCGCUUCGCGCACAGUACCACAACCUGGUCAUGGAGAACCGGGAGGCAGAACAGGCGCUGAGGAAGAAAAAAUACAAAGUGGAGACAGAAAUCGAGAACUGGAUCCAAAAAUAUGACAUGGAGAUGAGCGAGAAGCAGGACGAAUACGAGGACCUGGAGAGCAUCCACAAGGAGGAGAAGAUGCAGCUGGAGGAGCUGAAGGAGAGGCAUGCGGUGCUGGUGGAGGAGUUCUCCCAGAUCCGCGCCGAGAGCGAGAUCAAUUCCAAGAAGCGGGUGGAGGCGGAGCGCGAGAUGGUGCGCAUGGUGAGAGCCGCCACGCUCAUCCAGGCCGUGUGGAAGGGCUACCUGGUGCGCUCCAUGCUCAGGUCCAAGAAGAAGAAGCGGGGCAAGGGCAAGGGCAAAGACAAGGGCAAGGGCAAGGGCAAGGAGAAGCCCAAGGAAGAGAAGGGCAAGGAGAAGAAACCCAAGGCCAAAGGCAAGAAGAAGUGACCGCUGCCUGGUCUGGCCCCGCCCCUGCCCAGCUUCAACCACGCCCCACCCAGUCCCAACCAUGUCCCCGUUCUGCCCCAGCCCUUCCAUCCCUGCCCUUAAUGAUGGCUAAAAUUAAAAA